AUGUUGAUGAUCUUGGGAUGUGCAUUUCGACUUGUCAUCUAUGUAAUAAAUGAUCAAAGAAUCAAGAAGGCGAUACUUCGAGCAUUUAUACGACGUUAUGGACGUUUUAGAGGCUUUAAAAGUGUUAAGCAGGGCAAUCUGGAAAAGUGGUCUAUUGUUGUGGUUUCCAACAGUCUUCGUAGUAACGUGACUGUAACAAAUGCUUUACACGGUAGUCAGGAGUUGCAUCCAGGAAUUUAUAGAAGGUCUCUGGAUGAGCUAGCAUUAUUAUUGCAAAAAAGGCGAAGAUUCUUGGUGGAUAUGACAAUAACAUUGACCAGUAGCGUCCGAAAAGUAAGCGCUGUACUUGUUAUGUUACAUGAUGUGAAACAAAAAUCUGCUUUUUUUACUUGCCAGAUAACAGUAACGUGUGGUUUCUAAAC